AGAAGAAAGGUUUCGAAUUUGUUCACUGUCUAGUGUUAUGUAUGAUGUGCCCGAGUUUGAUGUUGAAUGUUAAAAUUUUGUGAAAACUCUUUUAAAGAUAAUAAUAAUUGUAAAAACUGUAUUUUCUAAUAAGUUUUGAUAAAGUAUUCAAUUGAACAAUGUUGCAAAAAUUUUCGAACGCCGAAUAGAACCCACAAAAUAUAAUGUUUGUUUGCUACAAAAUGUGAAUUGGUGAAGGUCAUCGUUCAUAACGUCGUUGCCAAAGCCAAUUGCGUUUUUUCCGUGCUGUGGCGUGGCGGACUGGUCGCGAAUCUGCAUCAGUUUCCGUGAGAACACAGAGCGCACGUCUCGCAACAUUUACGUAACUAGAUUGCAUUACCGCACUCUGUAAAAUUCUUUAUCAUCACUGAUCGGCGUUAUUACCUAAUCGAUAACUUACUUCCAAAGGAACAAAUAAUUAUCAAAUAUGAUUUUAGCCGUGUGUUCAAGAACGGCGUUAAGAGCUCGAUCAUUGGAACGCUGCGCUUCCAGUGUUGUCGAACUUCCGAAAUUAAAGGAUUUCGAUGUUCAAAACGAACCCGUGCUGGGCUAUCGAGCGGGGAGCAAGGAGCGGACGGAGCUAAUUAACGAACUCAAGAGGACCGCAGCCGUCACCGAGGAAGUGCCGAUCGUAAUAGGCGAUGAACAUAUUAAGGAUGGAGAGCCUCGCUAUCAGGUCAUGCCACAUGACCAUGGACGGAAAUUGGCGAAGUUUUAUUAUGCCAGCGAGAAAACUAUUCAAAAGGCGAUCCAAACGUCCGCCGAUGCUCAACGGCGUUGGGAUAAAACGCCACUCGAAGAGAGAAUACGCAUUUGGCAGAACGCUGCCGACCUGAUGGCGGGCGCCCAUCGCCAACGACUGAAUGCAGCCACCAUGCUCGGCCAGUCCAAGUCGGUUGUGCAAGCGGAAAUCGAUUCAGCCGCCGAACUUAUUGACUUCUUCCGUUUUAAUGUUUUUUUCUUAAAAGAAAAUGCAAAAUAUCAACCUAUCUCUGAAAACUUGUCAGUUACAAGAAACUCGCUUAGAUUUAGAGGUUUGGACGGAUUUGUUGCUGCUAUAAGUCCAUUCAACUUUACUGCUAUUGGAGGGAAUCUGGCCUACACCCCAGCCCUCAUGGGGAAUGGUGUCUUAUGGAAACCCUCUGAUACAGCUCUGCUGUCAAAUUGGCGCAUAUUUAACAUCAUGAGAGAGGCUGGUCUUCCACCUGGUAUUGUUAACUUUGUACCAGCUGAUGGACCUACUUUUGGUAAAACUAUCACAGCUUCUUCACGGCUGGCUGGAAUUAACUUCACUGGAUCUGUGCCAACUUUCAAUUGGUUAUGGAAUGAGGUAGGAAAGAAUCUCAACAAAUACCAGAACUACCCCAGACUCAUUGGAGAAUGUGGAGGAAAGAACUAUCACUUUAUACAUCCAUCUGCAGACAUACAGUCUGUUGUAACAGGCACAAUUCGGUCAGCUUUUGAAUAUUGUGGUCAAAAGUGCUCUGCCUGCUCCAGAAUGUAUGUACCCAGAUCCUUAUAUGAACCAGUUAAACAAGGACUGCUUGAAGAAAGGUCAAAAUUGAAAAUUGGUGACCCCACAGACUUUAAGAUAUUUACAGGGGCAGUUAUUGACGAUAAAGCCUUUGCCAGGAUUACAGGCUACAUCAAGAAUGCUAAAAAUAAUCCUAAAAACAAAAUUUUGGGAGGUGGAGAAUUUGAUGGAAGCAAAGGAUACUUUGUGCAACCCACAAUCAUCGAGACAGUGGACCCAUUUGAUAAGCUGAUGACGGAAGAGAUCUUCGGGCCUGUCCUCACCAUGUAUGUUUAUGAAGACAGGGACCUGGACCAGGCGCUGGGCCUAGUAGGCUCUUCUACUAAAUUUGCCUUAACAGGUGCAGUAUUUGCUACAGAUCAGAAGUUCCUAGAAAGUGCUUUUGAAGAACUUAAAAUGACAGCGGGUAAUUUCUACCUGAACGACAAGUCAACCGGUUCCGUCGUAGGGCAGCAGCCAUUCGGAGGAGGUCGCAUGUCCGGCACCAACGACAAAGCGGGCGGACCCAACUAUGUAAUGCGUUGGACUACUCCACAGUCCAUCAAGGAGACCUUCGUUCCUCUAAAAGAUAUUGACUACCCUUACAUGAGGGACUAACGCUGGAGGACACCGUCUGCCUCUAUGAAAUGUUAUAUCAAACAACAACACAGUACAACAAUAAUAGAUAAUUAUUAGAUAAUGUUACAGAUGUUUAAAAUUAGAACACUUGAAGCUUGUAGAGGAAACGAGUAGCCGUUAGCUGUUCAAGAGAUUAGAUUGUAAUGUUAUGCCGUAGAUGAUAGAGGUGAUAAGCAUUGCCGUGAUACAAUAAUUGAAUGUUCUAUUCUUAGUAAAUAAUAACUCUUGUUCACUGUUUGCUGUGUAACCUGUCAGCUCUGACGCAUUAUUACUAUAUGUACUAAUUAUUUUUUGCUGCUAAGUUGAUAAUUUGUAAAUUACCUCUCGAUGAAGCUCACCCAGAGUUGGUAGAAGCAGUCCAAACUUGUGAUAUUUUUAGUUGUGCACUGAAUUAGUCUUUAAUAUAAUCAUUGUACUCACAAUCAGACCUCCAACACUGAUAACUCGCUACUGGCCUUAUCUCUCAGUUGUAAUAAUUGCUUUCCCUUAUCAUUGUAAUGUGGUGUCAUCGGUAACUCUGGUUCGCUCUCUUGGUAAACCUUCUGCAUUUAUGCUUUAAAUAUGUUUUUUUAGUAUUAACCUAACUUAUAUUAUUUUAGUAGUUGUCUGUGACUUCUGUUGUUUAGGCAUCAAAUGCAGUUUCUAGGUUUGUAACUGAAGUGGAAGUUCUGUUUCCUUCAAACUGUUAAAUAUUUCAUUAUAUGAAGAGUUAUUCAUUAUUUAUUUUGCUUUAAGUCAAUAAAUUAUAUUUCUGCUCA